GAUAUCAGUUGAGUUUGUCAUCGGCUUCGUUUUGGUGCUUUCUUAAUUCUCAUAUCCAAUGUGAUGCUUUGUUUUGCGGAGUUUCAGAGGGCAAAUCUUCGUCUUCCACGAAGGCUCAGUGCUGGCAAUUUCAAUUGUUUGUGUUUGUAAGUGCCAUGGAAGAAGAUACAAACAAUGCGCGGAAUUGUAUAUAUGUAGUAUUCAACAGAUGCUGCUGCAUCCCCUGUUCGUUUGUUCGCUGGAAUCAUUUCAGCAGCUCAAGCGAAGUGGAUUCGUUCAUUUCAAUCCGUAGAUUGAAGUGCUAGUCGGAGUCGUCUUCACUUGGAAGCACAAUCCAUCCAGGUGAAAUGGACUCGGAUAGAACUAAUGUAAACUUGGAAGGCAUUGUUAAUGAAACGGUUGAUUUGGAGAAUAUCCCCAUAGAAGAAGUUUUUGAGAACUUGAAAUGUACAGAGGAGGGGUUGAGCUCUGUGGAGGUUCAGAGACGAUUGGAACUGUUUGGGUAUAAUAAACUAGAGGAGAAAAAGGAGAGCAAAAUCCUCAAGUUUCUUGGAUUUAUGUGGAAUCCGCUAUCAUGGGUUAUGGAAGCAGCAGCCAUCAUGGCUAUCGCCAUUCCCCAUCAGAAGAAAAAUAGAGUUGAUUACAGUGAUUUUAUUGGUAUUGUGGGUCUUCUACUCGUCAAUUCAACUAUUAGUUUUAUAGAGGAAAACAAUGCUGGAAAUGCUGCUGCAGCUCUCAUGGCUCGCCUGGCUCCCAAGGCUAAGGUUCUGCGUGAUGGAAAAUGGAACGAAGAAGAUGCAUCAGUCUUGGUUCCUGGAGAUAUUGUUAGCAUUAAACUAGGAGAUAUAAUUCCUGCUGAUGCAAGGCUACUCCAAGGAGAUCCAUUGAAAAUUGACCAGUCUGCUUUAACAGGGGAGUCACUCCCAGUAACAAAGAAUCCUGGUGAUGGAGUUUAUUCAGGGUCCACUUGUAAACAAGGUGAAAUUGAAGCUGUUGUUAUUGCUACUGGAGUGCAUACUUUCUUUGGAAAGGCAGCUCAUCUUGUGGAAAACACAACACAUGUUGGGCAUUUUCAGAAGGUAUUGACUUCCAUUGGUAACUUCUGUAUCUGCUCAAUUGCCACUGGAAUGAUUAUUGAAAUCAUUGUGUUAUUUGCGCACCAAAAGAGAACUUCUCGUGAAGCCGUAGAUAACCUUCUUGUUCUAUUAAUUGGUGGCAUCCCCAUUGCGAUGCCUACAGUUCUUUCUGUCACCAUGGCUAUUGGCUCUCACCGCCUCUCCCAGCAGGGUGCCAUAACCAAAAGAAUGACAGCAAUCGAGGAAAUGGCUGGGAUGGACGUUUUGUGCAGUGAUAAAACCGGAACUCUAACUCUCAACAAACUGACUGUGGAUAAAAAUAUAAUUGAGGUUUUCACAAAAGAUGUCGACAGAGACAUGGUUGUCUUGAUGGCAGCAAGAGCCUCUAGGUUGGAAAAUCAAGAUGCGAUUGAUUGUGCAAUAGUUUCUAUGUUAGAUGAUCCUAAAGAGGCGCGAGCUGGAAUUACAGAAGUUCACUUCCUUCCGUUCAACCCAACUGAUAAGAGGACUGCACUUACCUACCUAGACAGCAAUGGUAAAAUGCAUAGAGUGAGCAAAGGUGCCCCAGAGCAGAUUCUAAACCUGUCUUGGAACAAAGAAGGUAUUGCUAGUAAAGUGCAUUCGAUCAUUGAUAAAUUUGCUGAAAGAGGUCUCCGGUCACUUGCAGUUGCUCGCCAGGAAGUGCCCGAGGGAACAAAAGAAAGUCCAGGUGGACCUUGGGAAUUUGUUGGUCUUCUCCCUCUCUUUGAUCCACCUCGUCAUGACAGUGCAGAGACUAUCAGAAGAGCUCUAAAUCUCGGAGUUAGUGUGAAGAUGAUUACAGGUGACCAAUUAUCUAUUGCAAAGGAAACUGGGAGGCGUCUUGGAAUGGGAACAAACAUGUACCCUUCUUCAUCGCUGCUCGGGGAUAAUAAAGAUUCAUCAGUUGCAGCUCUACCAGUUGAAGAACUCAUUGAGAAAGCAGAUGGCUUUGCUGGAGUUUUUCCAGAGCAUAAGUAUGAGAUUGUCAAGAUUUUACAGACCCGAAAACACAUUUGUGGGAUGACUGGUGAUGGGGUCAAUGAUGCUCCUGCAUUAAAGAUUGCUGAUAUAGGAAUUGCUGUUGCAGAUGCAACAGAUGCCGCCCGGAGUGCCUCUGAUAUCGUUCUGACUGAACCAGGGCUGAGUGUCAUUAUCAGUGCUGUAUUGACAAGCCGUGCCAUUUUCCAGAGAAUGAAAAAUUACACUAUAUACGCCGUCUCCAUCACAAUACGUAUCGUGCUGGGGUUCUUGUUAUUGACUUCAUUUUGGAAAUUCGACUUUCCACCAUUCAUGGUUCUUGUCAUUGCCAUUCUUAAUGAUGGCACCAUUAUGACUAUAUCAAAAGACAGAGUGAAGCCAUCUCCGAUGCCCGACAGCUGGAAACUGAGCGAAAUUUUUGCAACUGGGAUUAUUCUGGGAAGUUAUCUUGCUCUGAUGACUGUUCUUUUUUUCUACAUCGCCUUUGAUACGAGCUUUUUUGCAGACCAUUUUAAUGUAGAAGAUUUUAGCAAGCACAACGGUAGUCUACUAGACAAAGGCUCAAAGGUAUUGAAAGACAAGCUAUCAUCCGCAAUUUAUCUCCAAGUUAGCACCAUCAGCCAGGCGUUGAUAUUCGUCACUCGCUCCCAAGGAUGGUCUUUCAUGGAAAGACCCGGUCUUCUUCUAGUUUGCGCCUUUAUCAUAGCACAAUUGGUGGCAACUCUACUAUCAGCCCUGGUGACAUCUGAUACGCUCGGAAUCAGGAGCAUCGGAUGGGGAUGGACUGGCGUGAUUUGGCUGUUCAACAUUGUAACCUACAUAUUCCUCGAUCCCAUCAAAUUUGCUGUUCGAUAUUCUUUGAGCGGGAAAGCUUGGGGAUUGUUGCUAAACCAGAAGACUGCCUUCACCUCCCAGAAUGACUUCGGUAAGGAAGCCCGGGAAGCUGCAUGGGCAACCGAACAACGCACUCGCCACGGCCUUCAGUCAGUAGAAGCCAAAUCAUUUGUCGAAAACAAGCACACAUUUAGGGACAUGAAUAUCAUGGCUGAGGAUGCAAGAAGGCGCGCCGAAGUCGCAAGGUUGCGGGAGCUCCACACAUUGAAAGGAAAGGUCGAAUCUUUCGCUAGGCUCAAGGGGCUUGACCUCGAGGUGAACUCACAUUACACCGUCUGAUCUGAUCGAUCAAUCGCCAACAUUCGACACACCUCCUACUCGUGUUUCUUCGCUCGUAUCAUCCUCGGCCAUCUUGCCGGAUAAUUAUCCGUAGCUCUUCAUCAUCCAUGCUGAGGAUAUCUGCACAAGAGAGCCAAUAAACAGCAUCAUCAUCUCUCUCUCUCUCACUCUAUAUAUAUAUAUAUACAUAUACUCAUAUAUUGUUUCUUUGCAGUAGUAGGAUAGUUGUUGCUCCAUUUUUAUGAUGUUAGGGGUGAACGGCACAAGCUAAUAAGCUAUAUAAUGUGUAGCUUUUGGUUGCUACCGGAGGAUACAUUGUUGCUUAUUUCCUUUAGCAAAUAAAACUCAGUACCUAAG